AAUCUUUGUUCCACAAAUUAUGAAAUAUAACUAUUUUAUGUACUAUCCACAUGUUAUGAAGCAUAACUAUUUUAUUUACCGUAAUAAAGCACGAGCACAGGCCCACUAAUUAUAACAUAACAUACAGUAUCAUAUGAAAUCAUGUAAAAUCACCAUCCAAAUAAAGUAUAAAGGAGAUGAGCACUUUUGUGGGGUGGGGGGGUAAAGAGAUAACAAGCUUGUGUGAGGCCAAAACUAAAGUAGUGCACGGCUUCGGAGGCAGAAAGCAGAGAGGUUGGGUUCCUAACUGUAUCUAUGGCUCUGUGUGCCCAUGUGAGCGUGCGCCCCCAGCACACCACUUUCUUGCAUUCAUCUUUCACUAACCAUAAACUAUCAAACUUUUCUCAACAAUUCAAACUUGAAACCUAUACUACUAUUACCUCCAAGAGACCAAUUAUACCCAGCUUCACCAUACACGCCUUGGCACCAAAGACAACUGAGCACUCGAAUUUCCCACUCCAAUCACCUAUGCCAAAUUCCGUUAAUGGAUGGGCUCAGUUUGCUAGCAACGUGUCGGGCGAAUGGGAUGGAUUUGGUGCAGACUUUAGCAAGCAUGGUGAACCGAUUGAAUUACCAGAAUAUGUAGUUCCUGAAGCAUUCAGGGAGUGGGAGGUUAAGGUAUUUGAUUGGCAAACUCAAUGUCCUACUCUUGCUCAUGAUGAUAACACCUUCUCCUUCAUGUACAAGUUCAUCCGGCUCCUUCCUACUGUUGGCUGUGAAGCCGAUGCUGCAACAAGGUAUAGUAUCGAUGAAAGGAAUAUUUCUGAUGACAGUGUCUCUGCCUUUGUGUAUCAAUCCACUGGAUGUUAUGUGGCCAUCUGGUCCAAUAAUAGUACUAAUGGAAAUAACAAUCCAUGUUUGUCAUGGGAGGUGGAGCAUUGUUUGAUUGAUCCUCGGGACAAGGAGUCAAGGCUGCGGAUUGUUCAGGUCGUGCGCCUUCAAGAUUCUAAGUUGGUAUUGCAAAACAUUAAGGUGUUUUGUGAGCAUUGGUAUGGGCCGUUUCGAAACGGGGAACAGCUGGGUGGGUGUGCUAUUCAGGAUUCUGCGUUUGCUUCUACCCAAGCCUUGGACCCUGCACAAGUCAUUGGUGUUUGGGAGGGUAAGCAUGCCAUCUCCAGCUUCGACCAUGCUCCUCAAAAAGUUAUUCAAGAGCUCAUCGAUGGCACCACUAGGAAGACAGAAAGAGAUGAAUUAGAUCUUGUUUUGCUCCCAAGGCAACUCUGGUCUUGUUUGAAAGACAUUGCAGGUGGUGGAACUUGCUGUGAAGUCGGGUGGCUGUUUGAAAAAGGACGUGCCAUGACAUCCAAAUGCAUAUUUUCUGAUAGUGGGAAGUUAAAGGAAAUUGCUAUAGCAUGUGAAAGUGCUGCGUCAGCACAAUAGGACAGAGUUGACCACAACAUUUGUACAGCCAUAUGGCCAGAGCAGUAGGAUGACAACUCUUCAAUUUCCCUUUCCCAGAAAUUAGAUUAAUGGAGGGGAAGUAUAUUAUUGUUUGGUUGUCAAGAGUAUAUCAUUGAAUGUUCAACAUGGUCUUAUACUCUUACCAGAUAUGAAAGGCCUGUGUUGGCACGGCCCAACAUAUGUUAUCUUUUAAUUUUAAUUAAUGUGAUAUAAAUAAAAUUUAAAUAACUAAUUAUAUUUUAAUAUAUUCUUAGAUAUUUUAAG